GUCCUCUCGCCUCCAGCGCAGGGGUAGCCCGGGACUGGGACGGAGAGAGCCUGGAGAUCCGAGCCUCGAGGGGUGGUUGUCGGCUCCGGCCAGGCGUGCUGAGCCGCUGCUUGCUCCCUGCACCUCCUCCUGGGCCUUCUCUCUGUGUUGGGGGGCUCGGAUCAAGAUGAACCUCAACUUCACCUCCCCGCUGCACCCGGCAUCCUCUCAGAGGCCCACGUCCUUCUUCAUCGAGGACAUCCUGCUGCACAAGCCCAAGCCGCUCAGAGAAGUGCCCGCCGACCCCUUUGCCAGCUCCCUGGCCUCCCGGGUGCCUCUGCUAGACUAUGGUUACCCCCUCAUGCCCACCCCCACCCUCCUGGCCCCUCACCCGCAUCACCCUCUGCACAAGGGAGACCACCACCACCCUUACUUCCUCACCACUUCGGGGGUGCCGGUGCCCGCGCUGUUCCCGCACCCGCCGCCCGCCGAGCUGCCCGGGAAGCACUGCCGCCGCCGCAAAGCCCGCACGGUCUUCUCCGACUCGCAGCUGUCCGGCCUGGAGAAGAGGUUCGAGAUCCAGCGCUACCUGUCCACGCCCGAGCGGGUGGAGCUGGCCACGGCCCUCAGCCUGUCCGAGACGCAGGUGAAGACGUGGUUCCAGAACCGGCGGAUGAAGCACAAAAAGCAGCUGAGGAAGAGCCAGGAUGAGCCCAAAGCGCCGGGCGGGCCCGAGAGCCCCGCGGGCAGCCCCCGAGGCCCCGACGCCGCGCCCGCCGGCCCCUUGGUGCCCGCGGAGCCGGAGGACGAGCUGGACAUCGGGGAGGAGAGCGCGGCGCCGCGGGCGCUCUGA